AUGGCUCCGGUGUCUCGCUCGCGUCCUCCGUCCUCACGGCGGGAGAGGAGCAAUGAUUCAGGCAGCCCGUCUCCGCCCAGGUCCACCCGGAGCAAGAGGUCUCGAGCCCGGUCGCGCUCCCGGUCUCGGUCCCGCGAGCGCAACAGCUUCCAGCAGCGGCCUGGCCCCCUGCAUCACUUUGCCCACCGGCACGGCCCCGAGCAUUACGGCAAGGAGCAGGAGGAGUCGCUGUGGCAGAGGCGAUUAAAUGAGAGAGAGAGAAUAGGUGAACUCGGAGCACCUGAAGUUUGGGGAUUUUCACCAAAAGUUCCUGACCCAGGUUCUGAUGAACAUACCCCUGCCGAAGAUGAAGAUGGGACAUCUAAAAAGAGCAGCUCCUCUGAUUCUAGCUCAGAAGAGGAGGAGAAGAAGAAGAAAAAGAAGAUAAAAGCUGCUUCACGUAUGUGUGAGCCUUUGUGUGAGGAGGAAAAAAGGAAUGCCAAGAAGAAGAAAAAGAAGCACAGAAAGAAAAAGGCCAAGAAAAAGAAGAAUAAGAAGAGCAGGAAAGACUCCAGCGAGUUAAGCAGCGAAGACUCCAAUGACGAAGCAUUACAAGAGGAUGAUCUCUGGAUUGAGAGAUCAAAAAAUGCAGAUGCUGUGGAUUUCAUAGGACCAGAAGCUCCUAUUACCCAUGCCUCCCAAGAUGAUCGGCCCUUGAACUAUGGGCAUGCUUUACUCCCUGGUGAAGGCGCUGCCAUGGCAGAGUACGUAAAAGCUGGAAAACACAUCCCCAGGAGAGGUGAAAUUGGCCUAACCAGUGAAGAGAUCGCAUCGUUUGAGAAGUCUGGCUAUGUAAUGAGUGGCAGCAGGCACCGGCGAAUGGAAGCUGUGCGUCUGCGCAAAGAGAACCAGAUCUACAGUGCAGAUGAGAAGAGGGCCCUGGCCUCUUUCAACCAAGAGGAGAGGCGAAAGAGAGAGAACAAGAUUCUGGCAAGCUUCCGGGAGAUGGUCUACAGGAAAACCAAGCGCAAAGACGAAAAAUGAACUGGAUGCUCUUCUU